AUGGAAGAAGGCGGAUCCACUUCUGGAAGCAGGAUCAGCACGCCCCAAAUCGCUACUCCGGGAGGCGGAGCCGAUGACGGUGCUGGGGUGGCAAUUUCUACAGUCGGAUCUCCUAAUAUGGACUACAUCAACGAUAUAAUGGAACAAACUGGUGAUAGUCAACGAAACAGACCAAAACAGGAACCAACACAGCAAGUGCGUCGCGCACCAGGAAGACAGAAAGGAUCAGGACGAUUUGGUGAGCAAAAUCCUGAGGAACUUGCAGAUGCAGUGGCGGCAGCAGGAGUCAAUCUUCGUGCCGAAGAAGAAGCUAUGAUGGGCGGAUUGCAGGUUUCGAGGCGUCAGCUCAGUCCCAAUGACUUUCUUCGUCCAGGACAGGUUGCCUGGUUUAUGAACAAAACAAUGGAAGAGCAAGGGAUGAGACGAAUGGAAUUUGAUGAGGAGUUGAUAAAUCUCAUGUCGAGUGCCUGUGAGGAAUAUAUGUCUAGUCUGGUGACGGACCUGCUUGUGGUUUCGAGGCAUAGAAGGCGCGGACUACGGACAAAACAGAAACAAUCAUCGGGAGGUACAAAGUCAGAAAUAUCCAGAGCACUUAGAGACAUUGCCACGAAACAGAAAGAAAGAGAAGAAAAACGGUUAAAACGAAGAAUGGCUCUGGGUCUUGAUGAGGACAAAAAGGAGGGGGAUCUAAUUGCAGAGCACAAACAGACCAAUAUUACAGCCUCUCUGAUGAUGAGCGGCUCCAAGAAGAAGUAUUCUUGGAUGCAAUCCUCAGCCAAAUCGGAUUCUGUGACCGUUCGUGGAGACAAUGGUAUACGGUACAGAGAAGCCCGCGAGGAGCAAUCUGUGGUUCUCAGAGACUUACUGUUGGCUUUGGAAAGACGUCGCGUGGGUGUCAGUAAUGCCAUGGUUAAGGGCUACGCCAAAUUGAAAGAUUAA